AAGACCAGCAACCACUCGAGACUGUUUAUCUCGUGUUUACCUACACACCACGAGCUACUAUACACACACCCUCUCGAUCUCAUCACCGGUAUUCACCUUCUCUCCCUUCAGUACGUUCUCAAGAGAUUAGCCUCUUGCAGCUAGCCACCAUGUCUAGGGUGCUGGAGCCUCUCGUCGUCGGGAAGGUGAUCGGAGAGGUCAUCGACAACUUCAACCCCACGGUGAAGAUGACGGCGACCUACAGCUCCAACAAGCAGGUGUUCAACGGCCACGAGUUAUUCCCGUCGGCGGUCGUGUCCAAGCCGCGAGUCGAGGUUCAGGGCGGCGACCUGAGGUCUUUCUUCACACUGGUUAUGACAGAUCCAGACGUGCCAGGGCCUAGUGAUCCGUACCUGAGGGAGCACCUCCACUGGAUCGUCACUGAUAUUCCUGGCACCACUGAUGCUUCCUUUGGGAGGGAGGUGGUGAGCUACGAGAGCCCGAAGCCCAACAUUGGCAUCCACAGGUUCGUCCUCGUGCUGUUCAAGCAGAAGCGCCGUCAGGCGGUGACCCCGCCAUCCUCCAGGGACUACUUCAGCACCCGCCGCUUCGCCGCCGACAACGACCUCGGCCUCCCCGUCGCCGCCGUCUACUUCAACGCGCAGCGAGAGACGGCCGCUCGCCGCCGCUAAUUAACCAAACUGCCAAAAACCAAAUUAAGCCCCUCUUGCAGGCAUGCAAUAUGCCUCCUGCAAUAUUAAUUGCAGAUGCAGCUAGCCUUCCAAACUAUAUAUUGCAACUAAUUAAGAAUGGACUACUACAUAUAUAAUCUAGGGAUCGAUCGAGCUAGAUCACCUAGUGGCAUAUAUAUAUCAGCCACUAUUAGCUUAGCCAUGUAUGAACCAAAUAAGAACUCGGUGCAGCAAGCGCGAGCCACUGUUUAGUUCGUCAGUGUAGUUAAUUGGUAUAUAUGCCUAUAUAUCCGUGUCUGCAAGAGCUAGGUGAGACACGUGAGACGUACUCGCCUCGUACGUGUUGCACUAUAGCUUGAGUCAAUCUCAAGCUCCUGCGUAUAUCCAGCUGAAGAUCGCAAUGUUCGCCGGCGGCGAAACAGCUGGUGCUGGGAGAGGCGAAAGGCGAUGCAUAAUGCAUUGUGUUGACUGGGAGCAGUUUAAAUUGACGUGUCGGGCGGCGAAGGCAGGAAGAGGAAGUGGCCAUGGCUCUCUAGUACUCACUUUGUCAGUUACAAGCUACUAUAUUUAUCCUGUUAUGUGCGUGUGUGAGUGGCUGCAGCUAGCUAUAUAUGCACUUUUGCAGCUUGCAGUAACGUGUUUGUACUUUUAUGGCAUGAUCCUAGUUUGAUUUCGAUCGUUUGCUAGCUUGGUCUGAUUGUGAGUGUUUGAUAUGACCAUCAUAUAUUUUUCUCGAUCGA